AUGAUAAAAGAAAAAGUGAUUCUAAGAAGUGAAGUUUAUCAUGUUUAUUCAUCUGAAUAAUAGGAAAGAAUGAAAGUGUAUUUUGAAUUAUCAGAGAGUAUAUAAAAAAAUAAUUAUAAAACUGUAGAAUAUAAAAAGUGUCUAGAACCAUGCGAGAAGUUAGUAGAUGGUGAAACAUGUAAAAAGAAUUGUGAGAAAGUAUUUGAUGAUUAUACUAAAUUAUUAUAACACCGUUAUGAAGGUGAUAAGAAAGAUUUAAUAGAUGCAAAGGUAUAAAAGAAUAUUUAUAAAAAAUAAAUAAGGUUUCUGGAUUACCUUCUUUUGAUAGUUUUAAAAGAAAAGAUAGAGGAUUUUUUUAUAAAGUGUUUGGAUUUAAUUUCAGUGAAUUUUGGGAACCAGAUCAAAGAUAAAUAAAAUAAAUCUGA